AACCGGUCAAGCUUUCACUGAGAGGUCAGAACCGCGCCGCUUCCGAGUCCGCUCCUAUUCGACUUGAGCUGUACUAUACUAAGUACUGACGUCCUACGGUCACGGUCCAAGUACUGGUACCUGGUGAAUAUCACUGUCGGAACUACACCAAUGGAUGAUUGCCACAUAAUCAACGUCGCUCGCCAGUAUGCACGGGCUACAUGGAGUGAGAACUAUGUGCCAGGAGAUCUCCAUAUGGAUCUCGUGCAUGAGCUGCAAGAAUACUCUACAAGGCGCGGGUUUUGUGAGCCAUUCAUAACAGUUGUUCAAUCCGCCGGGACGGGAAAAUCAACCGUGAUACGUGCACUUGCAGAGAGCAUGUUCGUCAUCCCUGUGUCCCUGGGAUACAAAAAUGUGCGUCGUCUCGGAAAGACCAAGUUGUCCUCAGUUCUGCAUCCUCCUCCGGACGACUAUGUUCUUUCAUGGCUCAAAGAUUGGUCCGAAUAUGGAACUGCCUUUGACCGUUGCAGUGCCUUCAUCCAGGCUCUAUUCCAGCACACUCUUCUUGUACUGGAGCGCGACUUUCCGGAAGAAUGUGCCUCGGGAAUGGACGCGCUGCUGAGAUCCUUCAACAAGAAGAUGCACGAAGUGCCAGACGAUCACUUCGACAAUUAUCGAGCAGACUUCUAUGAUGAUGUGAUUGUAUAUGCCAAGGCGCUUAUACAGCAAGAACGCUACCCGGAAGUGUUGAGUCGUUAUACAUAUUUUGGUCCAAGGGGCACCAAAGAAAAGCCCGUUCCCGAGCCCUACUCACCCAGGGCAGCGUGCCGCCAACUGAGGGAGCACCUCACACGUGUCUCCAUGUGCGGUACGACUGGUACGAACGAAACCGGUCUCUCGACCACAGGCCCUGAGCGGCAGCUCCCGCUGUUUCUAGUCGCUAUUGACAACGCAGAACCCAUACUGCAGGACGCGGGCACAGAACACGAAAACGGGUACAUAUCCAGAACGAUCAACAAGUCAUUGUGCGUCGCGAUGCGUGAAGCUCUCUGUCGUUUGGCGCGUAUGUCCGUCUUUUUCGUAUUUCUAUCGAGUGCACCCGGAGACGUGUUGCGCCCUAUGCGACCUGUAUCCAUUGGAGGACACUUGCGCCCCACACGUCCUUUCACAGAACUUGGGUUUGACGUCUUGGCGCAGAGGAUAUCCGUUGCCAGCUUCUCCCUUCGACGCGUGGUUAGUAACGAGUACAUGGCACAUCUAGGCCGACCCGCGUUUGGUCGUCUCUGGGAUGUCGGGGUGCGGGAGGAACUGAUCGACAUCGCGGCUCGCCUACUGCUGAACUCCGACCACCUUGACGGCCCUUUGACCGACGCGCAGACGUUUGCGUGCCUGUCGCACCGCCUGGCUCUACCGCUGGUCUCCGCAACGCCGUCGGAACAACGCGCAGAGCAGGAACAGAUCCAGCACCACCUGCGUAUAUGCCUCGCGUUCGACCCAACGUCCGGCGAUAUAGUCUCGGUAGCUCCGUCAGAGCCUCUGCUCGCCGAGGCUGCGUACUUCGCGAUGCGCAUACGGUCCAUGAAUACUCCGCAGGCUCUCAGAGCUGUCUUUGAUGCUUUCUCGAUCGGAGUGGGACAACAAGGCGACGUGGUCCUGCAAGCGCUCCUGAUCGCGGCGCGCGACGCUGCGGUCGGAGACCCGCUCCCUAAUGGCCUUCCCCGCUGCCCGGUUGACGAAAAAGAGAACCGCCGCUUGAUGUCGUCAACGGCUUUCUUUCGAAAGCUCUUCAAGCCAUUCGAAGUUGCGUUCGACCACGAGGGACACUCCUAUGCGACUGCGAGCGAACGUCAUCAGGCGGAAACCAUCCGUUGCUUUCACGCAGACUUCCAGAGCUGCAACAUGCACUUCAAUCACUUCAUCUCCGUACAGCCUGACGUCCUCCGAGCGAAGUACCUCCUCGCACUCCUGGCCCGCGGCGCUGCCCCUCUAUGCGCGAAUGACGGAUCUGGCGUAGACACUGUCUUGAUGAUGACGGAUGGGUCCGACGCGAGGUCCGAAACGCUUCAUCUCGUACUCCUCAAGACGACUCAGAGCAGGCGGACAGAGGAUCUCGACGGGAUGUUUGCUGCCAUGGAUCCAUACGCCCUCGGGAUCUGGGAUGCAGGUCGGGUUGCGUCAAAACCACUUGUUCGCAUCCUGUUUGCACCGUUUGUGGAGCGUGACGAAGGGAGUUUCAGUAUCGAGAGGCGGACCAGCCUACACGGGGCACGUCGUGACGACGAGUCCACCGUUGAUCCUGGGUGCUACGAUAUCGUGGUCAUUGGUCUGUCGUCGACGAUCCUUGGACCUAUCGCAACGAAGGAUGUGGAUAGUUGGGAUGCGCUCCUCCAUGUCGGCUCACGCCAUGCCGAUGUCGGGAGUACCAUUUCGGACAAGUCCGUUAUGUUCAAAGCUGCACACCCUGGUAUGGGUAGCGAUGCGGGGCAUUGGAGGUCUUGGGUCGACGGUGUGGUAUAGGACAUUCAUACGUGCUUCAUCAUGUCAAUCCAGUUUUGUGUCCAAGUAGAGCGUGACGUUACCGUAUGCGCUGAGAGCUGAGGGAGCAGGCCAACUUACAGUAGUUACGGCGCCUGCGCAUGUUCUGUCGGAAUAGUUUUAAUCUCUCCGCCAGCAUGCAAAAUGAUCACUGCAAGUCCACUGGCAAGUUUGGAAUGAGCGGGGCCUGGGGCAAUGUGUUUUCGUGCAAACAAGUGCAAGCAACGCGUGGUGGACUAGUGGCAGGUUAACCGUCCCUCCUUCCGAUUAUUGCACCAGCUUGCAGC